CUGACACUGCGACUGCCACUCGCGAGUUGCAUUGACCAUGUUCAACGCGCCGCGGACGCAGCCUCGUUACAACAACGGUGGUGGCGGCGGCUUUGGCAGCUUUGUUGACGAGAAUCCUCUUGCUGCGUCGACAUACGAUACUUUGGAUCCGUGGAGUGCGGCUCCGAGUCCUUCAGCGACACCUGCACCUUCCAGCGGGAAUUCGAUCUUCAGUUCAGUCCUCGCGGACGCUACUGUUCCUGCCAUCUACGACCAGGCUUUUCUGCUCGUCGAUCCGAGUAACACCGGCGAAACAUCUGUCAACUCUUUAUCCCGCGUGCUGGGUACAUCGUCCCUUCCUGCAUCCACGAUAGACAAAAUCGUCAAUCUUGUGAGCAACAAGCCGCGCGUCUCCAAGCUCGAGUUUUUCGUCGCAAUUGCUCUGGUUGCCCUCGCUCAGGCUGGAAAAGACGUCAGCAUUGAACAGGUCGCAUCGUUGUCGUCACAAAGCACUCUGCCCGAGCCUAUGCUGGAUUUGACGAAGCUUCCACCAUCCAACUCCACCUUCGCUGCACCCAUCAACCAAAGACAGAACAGUUUGCCCGCAGGAAUUCGAGCACCCGCCCCCAUGUAUGCGGCAGACGACCCCUGGAAUACCAACUCUCGCGUACCAGGGAUGGUAACAAAUAACGGAUUGGAACCAUCCCAGAGCCACGGAACAUCGUCGACUAUCGGAACAGGUCUUCCCUCCAGCUGGUGGUCGAAACAGGACAUGGUCAAUGUAACGCUGCUGGGCGCCCAGGGAUUCAUAUUGAAUCGAUUCAUGGUCUAUGAGAUAUCAUCCUCGCGCGGAUCCCCAGUAACGAGAAGAUACUCCGAAUUCGUUUUUGUUUGGGAAUGCUUAUUACGGCGGUAUCCCUUUCGUCUCUUCCCCGCUCUACCGCCUAAGCGCAUAGGCGGUGACGAGGCAUUCCUGGAGCAACGAAGGCGAGGACUGACUCGUUCUCUCAACUUUGUCAUAAACCAUCCUGUCAUCAAGGAGGACGCAUUAUUGGGAGCCUUCCUGACGGAGCCUUCUUUCGAACAAUGGCGGAAGAGUACCCCAAUCUCCCUAGACGAGGAAUCAGCCAGCAAACGUGUUGACCGAGCUGAGGAAAUGUCUAUCCCUAGUGAUUUGGAGGAGAAACUGGGCAUCCUUCGACGACGGAUUGGCCCACUCAUUGAGCAAUGGCAAAGGAUUUCUAUCUUGGCUGAGCGGAUCAUCAAACGGCGUGAAGCGGCAGCGGUACGAGUAGCCCCUCCCUUCCGACCGGGUUCCCUGCAAGCUCAUUUGAAUUUGCCCAUGUUUUCCUCCACUCCAUCUUUGUCUUCGGCCCUAUCAACAUCCUCCGGAUCUUCGGUGCCUUCAUUCAAUUCUCUUUUCGCGAUUUCUCAUGUGGACACUCUUUUCGGAAUCCAUUCGAACGUGGGCACGGAACAGGGAGACAUGGCCAGAUUGACCAACACUCUGCGAGUGGUUGCGGAAAUCAACGAACAGUGUUGGCGAGGAGACGACUGCGAAUUGUCUGCUGGAGUGCGCUUGGGCCUGCAACAGAUUGCUGCGCACACUCAACGCUAUUCUGAGUUGUCUGAGCUUCGCACCCGUACUUUACUCGAUACCACGCUCGAGAGCAUCAAGAGUCAACGCGAUCUAUUCAUGGCUCUCAAGGAUCUGCUCAUCCGUAAUGACCGGUUGUCGAUCGACCAGGUAGAACGAUUGAAGCAACGUGUCGACACUGCUUCGUCGAAAUUGGAAGCUGUGAAAGCUGCUCAGAAGGACGGCUGGCAAGAGGAAGCCGACAAGUACGUCGCGGCAAUCGAGAAAGAUCAGGCCACGAUCGCUGCCCAACUGAGCCGCAGAGUCUUUAUUCGGGCAUGUCUGUGGCACGAGCUGCGUGUCAUAUUGCACAACCGAGAAAACACUCUGGUUAGUCAAGUUGCCCAAUCCCUCUCGCGGGAAGAACAAGCAUACACCGAGAACGUCCUGCACACCUGGACAUCGCUAGCCGAGGCGGUCGGUGAUAUGCCCUUUGAGUAAACGUCGUCUUUCAAACUGUCUCACGAACAUCCAUGACCAUAAUGCAUGAUCUUAUACCAGUACAUACCUUACAUUACCCCACCAAUGAGACCGUACAUGGGUUGAACUCCCUUGGAAUCUCGUGAACCCCUAGAGUCACGUGUGACUUGACUGUCACGGACAGUGGACACGCGAACACCAGAGCUCUCUUCAGAAAACUUGUGUGCCGAGUUCCAAGGAUGGUCGUUCUCGCUGCCUCGAUAUGCACCAAAGGGGGCAAAGCGGUUUUGUCGCGCCAGUUCCUGGACAUGUCCCGCACUCGCAUUGAAUCGCUCCUGGCCUCGUUCCCGAAACUUCUCCCGCCCCCGUCGAGCACACAACACACUCUCAUAGAGACACCAGACGUCCGCUACGUCUAUCAGCCAUUGGAAGAUCUCUAUAUACUCCUUAUAACCAACAAGGCCUCCAACAUCCUGCAAGACAUAGAUACCCUGCACCUCCUGGCUCGCGUCGUGUCAGACAUGUGUCGGAACGCGACCGAAAGCGAAGUUGGCACCCGCGCCUUCGAGAUCCUGGGCGCAUUUGAUGAGGUGGUUGGGCUGGGUUAUCGAGAGAACUCUGUUGGGCUCGUCCAGGUCCGCAACGCUUUGGAAAUGGAGAGUCACGAGGAAAAGAUCCAGGAGAUCAUCGCUCGGAACAAAGAGAUGGAGGCAAAGGAAGAGCUCAAGCGACGCGCUAAACAGCUCGAGCUUCAACGUCAACAGCAGCGCCGGGCCGCCAACUCUGGUGGGUUUGGCAAUUCCUCCCCUUAUGGGGGAGGUAUUACCGGAUACUCCUCUGUGCCUACCCAGUACACUUCUCCGACCCCUGCUGUUUCUGUCACUCCGAGUGCUCCGGCUCCUCGAGCGCCUGCGUUCAAGAGCUCGGGCAUGAAGCUGGGUUCCAAGAAAACAAAGCAGGCCGAGCUGAUCGAUGCUUUGGGUGGAGACUAUGUCGCGUCGGUUGGUCUGGUUUCAGAACCACCCACUCCUUCUGUUGGUGCUGCUGCUCCUAUUCCCGCCGCGGCUCCGACAAGCAAGAGAGGCAGUCUUCCGGAAGUGGAACAUGCCGGUGUUCAUGUCAGCAUCACGGAGGAGAUUACAUGCUCGCUUUUGCGUGACGGCGGUUUGGAGAAAGACAUCGAGCUCAAGGGCGACAUGAAUUUGUUCAUCAGCGAUGAAUCCAACACUCGUCUCCUGAUCGCACUCGUGCCUAUUGACGAAUCCAAUAUUCUUGGUGCUGGUCUGCAGUACAAGCAGCACCCGUCCACGGCCAAGUUCGACUUGAAAGCCGGCGUUUCCAAGCCAAAGGAGAUCAAGAUGAAGGACACUAGCCGCCCUUUCCCUACUGGUCAGAACCUACCGGUCGUUAAGUGGCGUGCCAAAACGAGCGACGAAGGAGCAGUGCCGAUAUCCAUUAACUGUUGGCCGACAACGUCUAACGAUGGCACGUGCGAAAUCAGCAUUGAGUAUGAGCUGGAAAACGAGAACGUGACUCUCUAUGAUCUGGACAUUUACAUCCCGCUCCCGGCGGGCUCGUAUCCGACCGUAUCUUCGCACUCUGGUGAAUGGUCGUUGGAUCCUGGAUCCCAUUCUCUGUUGUGGUCGACACCUGUUGUUUCGGCCGAUGCUCAAUCCGGGUCGCUGAUGUUUACUGUCGCUGGGGACGACCCAGAAGCGUUUUUCCCCGUGCGGGUGGGCUUCGUCGGAAAAGGGAGUCUAGCCGGUGUAGCGAUCGCCAGUAUCAAGUCGUUCGAAGAUGACUCUGAGCCUCCAUUCUCCGUCGACUCGAUUGUCAUAACCGAUGGAUACCUGGUGGUUUAGAACAUUUCUGUACAUUGAUUACAGCAGGUCUAAUGUACAUACAUCACUCGAUGAAAGCCUGGAUGACCCCAGCAAGCGUACUUGGCAAGUGACCUGAUUCUCGUGGCUGUGUAUCAGGAUGCGACCUUUCUAAUCAAGUGAUGGGUUGCUUAGCGGGAAAGAAGGUUGCUUGCGACUACCACAUUUAAAACCCACAGGGUCCUACCCUCUCUCCUAAUCCCACUCUUCGACUUUCUUUUCCCCCCUUGAACUUCUCUUCUGAACGACUGCGCCGGCGCUAUCACCUGCAUCUGUCCGCUUCUCCAUCAUCUUAAUCAGCUUUCCGUCAGUCGGCCUUAUUCAUCAUCAUCAAAUAUAUAUAUAUACAUAUAAACUCCGGACAUGGCCAAGUUCCUGAACGAACUUUGGACCAACACGCCUCUCAGCUCGACCUUCAAAAGCAGGGGUAUCGAACUACCUCCGGACUCAGCCGAAUCUGCUUCGCUCAUGGGCAAGGAAAUGGACGGGCCCUCUAUGGGUGUGGAGAAGUGCGAUCUGCGCAUUGAGGGGAUGACGUGCGGGGCAUGUGUAGAGUCUAUCGAGGGCAUGCUCCGCGAGCAGCCCGGUAUCGUGUCCAUCAAGGUCGCACUUCUAGCCGAGCGGGGAGUGGUGGAAUACGAUCCCAAGCUGUGGACCGUGGAGAAAAUCGUCAAUGAAAUUUCCGACAUUGGCUUUGACGCGACACUCAUCCCGACCUCCCGGUCUGACAAAGUGAAUCUGCGGGUUUUCGGUAUGACCUGCGGGUCGUGCACAUCAACUGUCGAAGCAGGAUUAGCAUCGGUGCCCGGUAUCCAGAGCGUUGCCGUGUCCCUUGCAACGGAGACGUGCACGAUCGAAUUCGACCGAGCGCUUAUCGGCCCCCGUGAAAUGGUCGAGAGAAUAGAGGAUAUGGGUUUCGACGCCAUGCUCGCAGACCAGGGUGACUCGACGCAGAUCGCCUCUUUGACGAGAACCAAGGAAAUUCUUGUGUGGCGAUCGCGCGUGCUAUGGAGUCUGUGCUUUGCUAUCCCCGUGUUUUUCAUUUCUAUGGUGGGGCCGCACAUCCCCGGGAUCCGCACUCUGCUACACUCAGAGCUUGUGAAUGGUAUCUAUCUCGGAGAUGUGCUGGUGUUCUGCCUGACGACUCCGGCGCAAUUUUGGAUCGGGGCUAGCUUUUACAAGAGCGCCUGGAAGGCGAUCAAGCACAGAGCAGCUACGAUGGAUGUACUGGUGAUGCUGGGGACGACCGCUGCAUACGCCUAUUCAUUUAUAUUCAUGUUCCUGGCCAUGUUCAACACAACGCCCGGCUACCGGCCUGCUCUGUUCUUCGACACCAGCACGAUGCUGCUCACCUUCAUCUCCCUCGGUCGCUACCUGGAGAACAAGGCCAAGGGCAAGACGAGCGCCGCGCUGACCGACCUGAUGGCUCUGACGCCGUCUAUGGCCACUAUCUACACGGAUGCGCCAGCAUGCACCCAGGAGAAGAAGAUCGCCACUGAGCUUGUUGAGGUUGGGGACACCGUGAAAUUGGUUCCGGGCGACAAAGUUCCCGCUGACGGCACGGUCAUCAAAGGUUCUUCGAGCGUGGACGAAAGUGCGAUCACCGGGGAGCCGAUUCCAGUGUUGAAGCAGGCGGGAGACAGUGUUAUCGGCGGAACUGUGAACGGGUUGGGGACGUUCGAUAUGAUAGUCACGCGAGCCGGCAAGGACACAGCGCUCUCGCAGAUUGUCAAGCUCGUGGAGGAUGCGCAGACGUCAAAGGCGCCGAUCCAAGCGUUCGCGGACAAGGUCGCCGGAUAUUUCGUGCCUGGUGUGAUCUCGCUCGCGGUGGUGACUCUGAUUGCGUGGCUGCUCAUCUCGACGUUUGUCAGCGACGAGGAUCUGCCGUCGAUGUUCCUCAAGCACGGCACGAGCAAGCUGGCUGUCUGUGUGCAGAUGUGCAUCAGCGUUGUGGUUGUCGCGUGUCCCUGUGCGCUCGGGCUCAGCACGCCGACAGCCAUCAUGGUCGGCACUGGCAUGGGUGCCAAGAACGGCAUCCUCAUCAAAGGUGGCAGAGCGCUUGAAGCCAGCAGGAGCAUCCGCCGUGUCGUGGUUGACAAAACCGGGACUGUCACCGUCGGGAAGAUGAGCGUUGUUGGAUUGCACUGGGUUCCUGCGCAUUCGUCUUCUGAGGAGCCAUUCGGAAACGACACCGGACUUGAUGCUCUGUGCGCCGACAACGUGACGACGCGGCUUGCGGCGCUGUCGAUGGUGACUGCUGCUGAAGCCAAGUCGGAGCAUCCGCUGGCCACUGCGAUCGCUGCUUAUGGCAAGGAGCUUCUGCGGGACACGGAGGAUAAGACGAGCAUGGAGAGUUUCGAGAGCGUGACUGGGUCCGGUCUGCGCGCGAUCAUCACCUACGCGGGGUCCAAGUACACCCUGUUCGUUGGCACUGCGAGGUUCAUCACCCAGUCUGAGGAUGGAUACGUCCCGUCGACGCUGUCUGCUUACGAAGCCCAGGAAACGACCCUCGGGCGCACGGUCAUCUACGCGUCGUUGCUCAAGGCCACGUCGUCCCAGCCCCUGCCGAUCCUGGCCGUAUCGCUUUCCGAUGCACCGAAGCCGUCGAGCAAGUAUGCGAUUCGAGCACUGCAGCGCAUGGGCAUCGAGGUGAACAUGAUGACCGGCGACAGCAAGACCACGGCCCUGGCGAUCGCGAAGCAGGUCGGCAUUCCCGCGGACGGUGUCUGGGCUGGCAUGAGCCCCAAGGGCAAAGCGUCGAUGGUGACCGAGCUGAUGGAGAAGCACCAGCAGGGAGUCGCCAUGGUCGGAGACGGCAUCAACGACUCGCCUGCGCUCGUCGCUGCCACCGUCGGCAUCGCCCUCGCAUCCGGCACGUCCGUUGCCAUCGAGGCUGCCGACAUCGUCCUCAUGCGCGGAGACCUGCUCGACGUUGUCGCUGCCCUGCAUCUUUCCCGGAGCAUCUUCUCUGUCAUCAAGCGCAAUCUCGUCUGGGCGUGCAUCUACAACCUGCUCGGCAUCCCGCUUGCCAUGGGCUUCUUCCUCCCGCUGGGGCUGUACAUGCAUCCGAUGUUGGCUGGCGCGGCGAUGGCGUUCUCCAGUGUCAGCGUCGUCACGAGUUCCCUGACCUUGAAAUGGUGGAAACGCCCUGCGGACAGCAUCAUGCCUGGGUCCGACGCCGAGUUCUCCUCGAACAUCUUCGCCACUGUCCGCACUGCCGUGGGCGACGUCUGGAGCAGCGUCCGCUCGCUGGGCCGCCCCAACCGCAGGGAUGAGUAUGGUUACAGCCAACUGCCCGUGGAAAUGAGCAGCGUUUAGAAGUUUUUCGAUCUAGUCUAGCUGUGUAUCUUUGUAGUUUUCAUGUCUGCUGUCAUUUAUCUGCUAUUAUAAAAUCA